AUGGAGAAUUCAAAACCAGUUUCCACACCAGUUGAAGAAAAAUUGAAGCUGACAAUAGAAGCUGAAGGCAAGAGAAUUGAACCAACCUACUAUAAGAGCUUGAUUGGAAGCCUCAGAUAUUUGACUGCUACUACACCAGAUAUUGUCUUUGGAGUAGGAUUGCUCAGUAGAUUGAUGGAAGAGCCACGUGCAUGUCAUGUACAGGGAGCAAAAAGAAUUUUCAGAUAUAUCAAAGGUACUCUGACUGAUGGAAAUUUUUAUGCCAAUAAUGUUAAUGUGAAGCUUGUUGACUAUACAGAUAAUGAUUGGACAGGAGAUAUAGAAACAAGAAAAAGCACAUCAGGGUACACGUUUCAUUUGGGUUCAGGUGCAAUAUCGUGGUCCUCAAAGAAACAACCAAUCGUUGCAUUUUCAAUAGCAGAAGCAGAAUAUAUAUCAGAAGCUAGUUAUGCCACUCAGGCUAUAUGGUUAAGAAGAAUUCUUGAAGUAAUGCACUAG